AAAAGUACUCAAAACAGGACAAGAAACAUAGGAAAUCAUAGUAUGUAUAAGUAUGAGAGUUUGAUGAAAUAUGAUUGUAUUUUGUAGCGGACUCGCCGCCGAGGUCAACAUGGGGGAGACAAGCAUGGAUGCGGAAACAAAGGCUCCGGUCAGAGACAAAAUUGGAUGAGACUGGGUUAUGAGACUGGCAAUACUCCGUUCUAUCUCAGAUUCCCCCACGAGCCUUACUAUCAAGGCCACCAUUUGAGGCGGCAAUAUCCUCCAUUAUCGUUGAUGCAAUUGCAAAAGAUGAUUGAAACCGAUCGGUUGGAUACGUCGAAACCAAUUGACUUGGCAGCGUUAUGUAAUACCGGCAUAUGGACAUUCACACCAGAAUUGUUACACUACGGUGUAAAUCUUACAGCUGAGGGAGCUAAUGAAUUUAAAGCAAAAGUCAACAUUGAAGUGCAGUGGGCAACUGAACCGGUUAUUGCUGCUAUUGAAAGAAAUGGUGGAGUGAUAACAACAAGUUUCUACGAUUUCGAUAGUUUAUGGAUCAUGAAAGAUCCUGUCAAAUUCUUCAAGAGAGGUGAAGCUAUCCCAAGACGUAUGUUGCCACCAGAAGAUGCCAUACUAUUUUAUGCAGGUGCUGAGAACAGAGGAUACUUGGCUGAUCCUGAGAAGGUUUCAUGGGAACGUCUUGUCCUGUCGCAGAAGUAUGGAUACACACUUCCAAAAAUAGAAGAUGACCCUGAGUACGAGAUGCUCUGUGAGAGGAAGGAUCCUAGACAGCUGUUCUACGGCCUUGAACCAGGCUGGGUAGUCAACAUCAAAGACAAGACUAUCUUGAAGCCUUUAGACCCUCAAGUCAAAGAAUUCUUUAAAACCUAAUCUUUCAGAUUAUUGUUAUAGUUGUACAGUUUAUCAAUGAUUGAUAAAGUUAUUCAAUAAAUGAUUUUAAAUAUU